ACCAGAGUGAACUGCUGUACUAUUUUUUUAGCUGCCUAGUUUUUUAGUCGUUUCCUCUUAAAAAAGUUGUUGUGCUUCUCGUUUCACCGUGCGCCACAAGCACACAACUAGGGCGACCGCCGCCGACCUACGGCCAGCUGUGCCCAUGUCUUCGUCGGGCCCUUUGCUGGCGACGGGAACCCACCACACCGGCCGCCAACCUGAGGUUUUGUGGGCUCAGCGCUCCGAGAAGAUUUUCUUGACUAUCUCAUUGCCAGAUGCGAAAGAUGUUGUGUUAAAGACCGAUCCUAAGGGCCUCUUUACCUUCUCUGCUGUUGUCCAUGGGGAACCUUUUAGCUUCACUUUGGAGCUUUUUGAUUCAAUACUGUCAGAGGGAAGUAAAACGAAGACAAAGAUGGGCCUGCGAAACAUAAUCUGUUCAAUCCAGAAAGAAAAGAAAGGUUGGUGGAAGCGCUUGCUAAAGUCAGAGGAAAAGCAUCCAUACAUCAAAGUUGACUGGAACAAAUGGUGCGAUGAGGAUGAAGAGUCUGAGUUCUCUGGGGAUUCAGAUGGUGGCUUUGAUGAGGCAAAUGAAGGAGAUGAAAGUGAUGAUGAUGAUGGGAUGCUUUGUGAGUGCCCAUCUUGUACUUUUCCACCUCUUGCUCUCGCUUGCUCUCUUUUGAUAUCAAUUUUAAGCCAGAUCUCCCCGACCUUGAAAAGCUAAGGGGCAAGUGAUCUGGCUGCUUCGGUGAAGGGAGUAGGGUUGAUGUAACAAGUUACCGUUGACGUGACAGAGUAGGCUUAUCAUCGACGUAGUUGGGGUCUUACUUGCUGAGCAUCUGCGACGGCUUGAGACUUUUAGGCAUGUCUUCUAUCUCCGAAGCACUCUUUCGGUCUUUCCUGAUCAGUGAGCUAGCACUCUGAAAACGUAGCGAUGAGCUGUCCCAUUUUCGACUAACUAUUUAGUGCCAGUGAAUGGCCUAAUUCUACAACUAUCACGAUGUGCCUAUAUGUUAGGGGAUUAUGGAUUCUGUGGUCCGUCUUUGUGGUAUGGGAUUUCCGUUGGCAGGCAGGCCAGUGUGAUAUGCAGUUCACUUCGUUUAUCC